AUGGUGUUCAGCGCGAUAGUGGUCACGUCUGCCCUGAAAGGCGCCCUUGGACUGGUAGGUACGAGCCUGUGGCUGAUCCCUCUGUUAAUAGCAGGCCUGUCGUACUAUCGUUACGACCAACUGGACCCGGAGAGUCGACCCAUAGACAGGUACCCUUUGUUCCCCGAGUACGACUUCAUCGUGAUCGGUGGAGGAUCGGCGGGUGCGGUGGUCGCGAACAGACUGUCGGAGAUACCAACCUGGAACGUUCUGUUGCUCGAGGCUGGUCCGGACGAGAACGAGGUCACCGACGUGCCUUCGCUGGCGGCUUAUUUACAACUGACGAAGCUAGACUGGAAGUACAAGACCGAGCCUACGGGGAACGCGUGCCUGGCGAUGAAGGGCGGUCGGUGCAAUUGGCCGCGCGGCAAGGUCCUGGGAGGCUCGAGCGUCCUCAACUACAUGCUCUACGUACGCGGGAACAGACACGAUUAUGAUUACUGGGAGUCGCUGGGUAAUCCGGGCUGGGGGUACGAUCAGGCGCUCUACUACUUCAAGAAAUCCGAGGACAACCGUAACCCUUAUUUGCAAAAGAGUCCUUACCACUCCACGGGCGGUUACCUGACCGUACAGGAGUCGCCGUGGAGGACUCCGUUGGUGGUGGCUUUUGUCCAAGCGGGAACCGAGCUGGGGUACGAGAACAGGGACAUAAACGGGGAACGACAGACGGGUUUCAUGAUAUCUCAGGGAACGAUUCGCAGGGGCAGCAGAUGCUCCACGGCGAAGGCGUUCCUGCGCCCGGUUAGGCUACGUCGGAACAUCCAUACAGCGAUGAACUCGCACGUUACCAAGAUCCUAAUCGACUCGGUGACUAUGCGAACGACCGGCGUGGAAUUCGUCAGAGACGGUCGUCGACAGAUCGUCCGAGCACGGAAGGAAGUGAUUCUUUCGGCUGGCGCGAUCAACAGCCCGCAAAUCCUGAUGCUCUCGGGGAUUGGGCCCGGAGAGCACCUACGCCACCUGGGGAUCCCGGUGAUCAAGGAUCUACGAGUCGGUGACAAUCUCCAAGACCACGUCGGUAUGGGUGGCCUGACGUUUCUCAUCGACAAACCGGUGGCUAUCGUUCAGGAUCGCUACCAAGCCGCCCCGGUGACGAUGCACUAUGUGGUCAACGGAAGAGGACCGAUGACCACUUUAGGUGGCGUCGAGGGCUACGCCUUCGUUAACACAAAAUUCGCUAACCAAUCUCUGGAUUACCCAGACAUUCAGUUCCACAUGGCGCCAGCGUCCAUAAACUCGGACGCUGGCGUUCAAGUGAGGAAGGUGCUAGGCAUCACGGACGAGGUUUACGACACAGUCUACAGACCGAUAGCCAACAAAGACGCUUGGACCAUAAUACCUCUUCUCCUGAGACCGAGAUCGCGUGGUACGGUUAGGCUACGGAGCUCGAAUCCCUUCCAAAGUCCCUUGAUCGACGCCAACUACUUUUCCGAUCCUCUAGACAUCGCUACCCUAGUCGAAGGCGCCAAAAUGGCGGUACGUGUCAGCGAGGCGAGGGUUUUCAAGCAAUUCGGCUCGAGGAUUCAUCGCGUCAAGCUGCCCGGAUGCAAGCAUUUGAAAUUUGCCUCGGACGCUUAUUGGGAGUGCCACAUUCGUCAUAUCUCGAUGACGAUUUAUCAUCCCGUUGGAACGACCAAAAUGGGUCCCCCGAGCGAUCCCGGUGCAGUCGUCGAUUCCAGAUUGAAAGUUUACGGGGUGGAAGGUCUGAGAGUGAUCGAUGCGUCCAUCAUGCCCACAAUUUCCAGCGGGAACACUAACGCACCGGUCAUUAUGAUCGGCGAGAAAGGCGCGGAUCUUGUUAAAAAUGACUGGCUGGCCACAGAGACAGCGAACAGUUGAUAAAUUAGACAUUGUCGUGACAAAAGGCGAUAACAAUGAAUGCGUAGCGUCGAUAGGAAUUGUUUUAGUUGAUGUUUGUUAAUUUAGUUAUACGGUAGAACGUUAAUCGCGCGAAUUAACUUAAUU